GGGACCAGCAGCUCGUUGUUCGGGCAGGAGCAGAGAUCAGGCCGGAGAAAGCGCUGCUCGGAUUCUGUCUGGAUGUGCACAGCCUCUGGAAUAACCGCGCGCUGGAGCAUCACCAGACCCCCGAGGAGGAGCCGCACUGCGCGCAUCUGAGGAGCACCGAGCCCGGGCGCGAGCAUGGCCGUGGAAGAGGAAGGACUGCGCGUGUUUCAGAGCGUUAAAAUCAAAAUAGGUGAGGCUAAAAACAUCCCUCCGUACCCCGGGCCAAACAAGAUGAGGGACUGUUACUGCACCGUCAACCUGGACCAGGAGGAAGUGUUCAGGACCAAGAUCGUGGAGAAGUCACUUUGUCCCUUUUAUGGAGAGGACUUUUACUGUGAGAUCCCGCGCAGCUUUAGACACCUCUCCUUCUACAUCUUCGACAGGGACGUCUUCAGGAGGGACUCCAGCAUCGGGAAAGUUGCAGUGAAGAAAGAGGAUCUGCAGAAGUACCACGGUAAAGACACCUGGUUCCCCCUGCAGCCGGUCAGCGCUGACUCUGAGGUUCAGGGUAAGGUGCACCUGGAGCUGCGCCUGAGUGAGGUCAUCACAGACAGUGGAGUCAUCAACCAUAAACUGGCCACACGAGUGCUCGAGUGCCAAGGUCUGCCCAUCGUCAACGGACAGUGUGACCCGUACGCCGCCGUGUCGCUGCUGGGGCCCUCCAGGUCUGAGGCCAAAAAGACUAAAGUGAAAAGAAAAAACAACAACCCACAGUUUGAAGAAGUUUUCUACUUUGAGGUGACGCGGCCGUUGAGUCACACAAAGAGGCAUUUUGAUGUAGAAGAAGAAGAUGUGGAUAAAUUAGCUUUAAGGGUGGAUUUGUGGAACGCCAGUAACCUCAAGUUUGGGGAUGAGUUUCUUGGAGGAGUCCGUGUUCCCCUCAGAGUCCUGGGACAAGCCGGAGUCCACGACGCCUGGUACUUCUUGCUGCCCAGGGAGAACGGUGGUAAGUCUGUGAAGGUGGAGGAGCUGGGAUCACUGCGUCUGAACAUCGUUUACACUGAAGACCACGUUUUUCCGUCGGAGCACUACACGCCGCUCCGAGACCUGCUGCUGCACUCCGCCAACGUGGAGCCCGUGUCGGCGUCCACGGCUCACGUCCUGGGGGAGGUUUGCCGAGAAAAACAAGAAGCCGCCAUCCCGUUGGUGCGUCUCUUCCUUCACUACGGCAAAAUCGUGCCUUUUAUCAGCGCCAUCGCCCACGCAGAAGUGAACAGGACACAGGAUCCUAACACAAUUUUCCGAGGAAAUUCACUGACGUCCAAGUGCAUCGACGAAACCAUGAAGCUCGCAGGAAUGCACUAUCUCCAAGUCACGCUCAAACCGAUCAUCGACGAGAUCUGUACGGACCAUAAAGCUUGUGAAAUUGACCCGGUCAAGCUGAAAGAAUCCGAGAAUUUGGACACCAACAGGGAAAACCUCCGUCAGUACGUGGACCGAAUCUUUAACGUCAUCACCACCUCGGGCGUCCGCUGUCCCACCGUCAUGUGCGACAUCUUCUUUUCUCUGAGGGAAUCGGCCGCCACGCGUUUUCAAGUCGACCAGGACGUCCGAUACACCGCCGUGAGCAGUUUUAUCUUCCUCCGUUUCUUUGCACCAGCCAUUCUCUCUCCAAACCUGUUCCAGCUGCGGCCGCAUCAUCCCGACCCUGCCACUUCCCGAACCCUCACUCUGAUCUCCAAAACCAUCCAGACCCUCGGAAGUCUCGCCAAAUCGAAAUCUGCCAAUUUCAAAGAGUCGUACAUGGCGGCGUUUUACGAUUACUUUAAUGAGCAGAAAUAUGCAGACGCCGUGAAAAACUUCUUAGAUCUUAUCUCGACGUCAGGAAAGUGGGACCAGAAGAGCAUUGAAACGCCCAUCAUGCUAAAAGAGGGGUUUAUGAUAAAACGAGCCCAGGGUAGAAAUCGUUUUGGUAUGAAGAACUUCAAGAAGAGAUGGUUUCGUCUCACAAACCACGAGUUCACCUACCACAAAACCAAAGGAGAGGGCGCCCUGUGCAGCAUUCCCAUAGAGAACAUCCUGGCAGUGGAGCGUCUGGAGGAGGAGUCUUUUAAAAUGAAAAAUAUGUUCCAGGUCAUCCAGCCAGAGAGGGCGCUGUACAUCCAGGCCAACAACUGUGUGGAGGCUCGAGACUGGAUUGAUAUUCUGACCAAAGUGAGCCAGUGUAACCGAAAACGCCUCAGCACCUACCACCCCUCGGCUUACCUCAACGGACACUGGCUCUGCUGCAAACUGUCGGCUGACACGGCCCCGGGAUGCACGCCCUGCACCGGAGGGCUUCCUGCAAACAUACAGCUGGACGUUGAUGGAGAUCGAGAAACUGAGAGGAUCUACUCCCUGUUCAGCACGUACAUGAACAAACUGGUCAAUAUGCAAGAGGCGUGCGGCAGUAAGUCCGUGUACGACGGCCCUGAGCAGGAGGAAUACUCGAGCUUUGUCAUCGACGAUCCUCAGGAAACAUAUAAAACUCUGAAGCUGAUCGUUUCGGCCGUGCAGACGCUGGAGCAGCAGCACACCAAGUACAAACGAGACAAGUUCAAGAAGACCAAGAUCGGCAGUCAGGAGCAUCCGAUCGGAGACAAGAGUUUCCAGUGCUACAUCCGACAGCAGUCUGAGAGCUCCACCUACUCCAUCUAAACCAGCAGCGCGUCCUGUGACCUCUGGCUCCGCCUCUGUCUCACCUGACGCCUGUUUGACGACGUGUGAGCGGACUGGACAGGAGGAGCCGUGUGUGAGGUCCUUUUGUGCGCUUUAAACGAAGGUGCGGCGCGUCGAUGUCGUGAUAAACUUGGAUUUCAACAGAGCGAUGAAGAACCGAUGUGGAAAUCCAGAUGAAGUUUAAACGUCCAAACAAAUUCACUGGACACGUUUGACAGUGAUGCACUUUAACUGUCCCCAGAUCCCUGGACGAACAAGCAGAACUUUGAGCUGAUUUUUGUUGUAAUUUCAUUCGUUGUGCUUCAGACAGACCAAAUUUAAGAAAGAUGGACUGUAUUUUUCCAUUUUUGGGAGGUGUUGUGCCCAUAUAUUUUUCUUGUUUUUGUUCGUAACCUCCUCAGGAAGGCUGUGAGGGUCGAGGGCACAUGAAGGGACCAGCCACAGCCCAAAGCAUUUCACACUCUCCACGUUUGUUGUUUUUGUGCUUAAACAUGUUGUAGCUCCACAUUUCAAAGCCUCAUUACUGUCCCUUUGUAUCUGGUACAGUGGGUAAAGUGAUGCUUUUAAAUAUAUAUUUUUAACGCCACAAAUCAGCGAAUGCUUUUAUUGUUUAUCUGCAGUUUUGCCAAAUCACAUCCAGUUCAAAAUACAGUUAAAAGUUCAGUUUUAUCAGGUCAGUGCAGGUUAAGACGCAUCGUGGACCAGAAACAUGUCAUUUUUUUAACCUCUGGGCAAACGGACAAAGAUAAAAAUGAUAUUAUAAUGUACUUAAAGUCAAAACAACGUGUAACUUCUAUUUAUUUUUAAAAAUGUGUCUCUGGAUUUGCAGAGAAUUGAGUUUUUAGAUUGUGUCAUUUGGCAGGUUUUACGCUGGAUGCUCUUCCCUGAAUCUCUUAAACUUUAAUGCCGCUCUUUAAUAUUUAAAGUUAGUAAUCGUACACAUUUUAAAGUCGGCCGAUAUCCAAUGAAAGCGUCACUGAUGUGGUCUUGAAGUCUUAUAUAAUGUUGUGUGACUGAUGUGUUGUUGUGUUUUUGCCCUGUCAGCUGCCGCACAAUCCCCCAUUUUAUCCUUAUUUUAACACAGAAAAGCUCCGUGUUGAACCGGUCAAACCCCGACUUCAUCAUUAAGGUACAUAUAUCUAUGAUUAGUUUGUUGCGUUGAUCUGUGUGUGGUGUGAUGCACAUUUUGUACGUUCACUCUCUCGACCUGUGCGUGUAAAAGUCUCGUCCGUUCGUCUCUUUUAUUCAACAUGUUCCAGUUGUUUUUACUGCAAACCGUCGUGCACAUUUGAACAUUUUUCCCGAUGCAAAUCACGUCCUGAACAGUGCCAGACAUCACGUCACUUUUAUAAGAAAUCCUCUUUUAUGGACAGUAAUGGUUUAGAUAUGUUUUUAUAUCACAAAUCCCGUACUGUUUUCCAGUCGCAUUUUCUCUAUAUAUUGUCGUCAUGAUGUUUUUGUCAUACAGAUGUUGCCACGUGACUGAACGAGUGAAGUGUGUGUGCAGUGUGUGUGUGUGUAAUCGUGUAUUUGAGUGUGUGUGUGUGUGUGUGUGAUCAUGUAUUUGACACGUUGAGUUUCUUUGCCAAUUGAUCAGACACAGUGUUACAGGCAGAACCACUUAAACUGUACAAACAUCCACCGCCUGUUAAAGUUGUGGCCAGUUUUUCUCUUUAUAAAACACAUUUCUCUUUCCGUUUCAGUUCUUUUAGUUUCGGUUUGUCCACGACGCUCACUCUACUCAAGCCUUUGUAACUUAACAUUAAACUUUUUUCCAUUUGCUGAGCUUUAAAACACACAAUAAUUAAAAAUAAGCCCGAAAUGAUUCAUACUCCUGCUGAAAGCUCUGUUACAAAAUAAUGUAAAAACACCCAAAUAUGAAACUAAUUUAUGCAAUUUAAGACAUGAUUUACCAAAAAAAAACAUGUCUGAAUGUUUUAAACUAAGAUUUGAAUCAUAAGAUGGAUAAGGAUGAGCACUAGAGCGAGAAGGGAGUGAAAAAUUAUAAAAACGUCUUAAAAGUACCACACGUAUCUGCAGCUGGAGACUUUAUGGUAAAUGUGUUUUUAUUAUUCAUGAGGCAGAUUUAUGCUGAUUUUGUUGUUUUCACUUUCUCUUUGUGACAAAAACUGGAACUAAAGACGGACUCACUAAACCAGGACUAAACCAGGACUAAACCAGGACAAAACCAGGACAAAACCAGGACUAAACCAGGACUAAACCAGGACAAAACCAGGACAAAACCAGGACUAAAGCAGGACUAAAGCAGGACUAAAGCAGGACUAAACCAGGACUAAACCAGGACUAAACCAGGACUAAACCAGGACAAAACCAGGACUAAACCAGGACUAAACCAGGACUAAACCAGGACUAAACCAGGACUAAACCAGGACUAAAUCAGGACAAAACCAGGACUAAACCAGGACUAAACCAGGACUAAACCAGGUCUAACAGUUGAAAUAUUCCUCUCCGUUGUUGCAUACAUUUGGGCUCCUCGUCUGUUUUUAAUCUUUUGCCACAUAUUUCACAUAAUUUAAGAUAAUCCUUCCCAGCACAUCAGUUCGUUGGUUUAACCGAAAGUUACAGUAAUAAACUCCUCCUCUCGACCCGACGCCAGCAGAGACACGACUUAUGCAAUAACUGUUUUUACGCAUGCAAUAAUAGAAUAAACUCUAUGUCCAUUCACUUUUACAAAAAACGCUCACGUCUGUGGACUGAUAAUGUGCAGAACAUGUUAUAAAGGGAGAACAGUGUAUUUUGUACAAAUAUUUUAAAAGUAUUAAAAUAAUCCUCUUAAAUGUACAGAAAAUGUCGGAUGAAAGAUGAAAAUGUGACGUGUUUUUCCUGAAUAUCUAAAAGAGACAAAUAUUAAUGU